CCUACUCCCAUGCGAUGGCUUACUGUAAAUAGAAACCAGAAAACCACUAAUAGGCAGCCAUUACCCACACCAUUAAUGAAUCACUUUACUUUUCAUUCUUUCUUUUUCUUCAUCUUCUUCUUCUUCUUCAUUUUUCCUGUGAAAUUUGGGUUAGGAAAGCUUGUUGUAGACAUACACAAAAAAUGGGUGCUCAGCGAGAUUACAGUAGACCCUCUUUUUUCAAAGUGAUGUUUGGAAAUUUCAAGAAAAAACUUAAAAUACCAGUAAAUUUCAUUGGGAAGUUUAAGGGGAUGAUACCCUAUGAUUCCAUCCUUCGAAGUCCAUUAGGAAGUUGGAAUGUGAAGAUUAGAGAAGAAGAAAAUGGUGGUUUAUCUUUCCGAAAAGGAUGGCCUGAUUUUGUUGAAGCUCAUUAUUUAGACCAUGGGGAUUUUGUUACUAUGAAGUAUAUUGGUGAUUCACUGUUUGCUGUUAAGUUGUAUGGUCUGAAUGGAUGUGAAAAGGUAUUGCCUUCUACGAGUAGCAAUGGCGUAAAAUCGAUUCCCUCAAGGAAGAGGAAAGAAUAUGGGGAAACAAGUAAGGGAAAAUUCACUGAUUAUGGUUCCGAGGCUGAUCACCAUAAGUAUCAUGCAAGCAAUAGUGGAAGAGAUUCGUUUUGUUCUGACAAAAGGAACGGUGGAUUGUUUAAAUGCGAUGCACCGAAGAGAAAAUCAACCGUCAAUGAGGGAAGGACAAGAGUUGAUCAAGCAGAGUGUUCGCGUAAAGGGAAGCCAUAUUUUCUAGUUAUAUGGACAGAGAAUAAGAAAUAUCAAAUGGAGAUUCCCAAAAAGGUGGUAACGAAAAUAGGAAGGGCAUUGUCUGAUAUUGUCGCUCUGAAAGACGCUAAUGGUAGACUUUGGAAUGUGGAAUUGAAGAGAUCUGAAGGCAAGGUUUGGUUUUACAAAGGUUGGAAGGAAUUCGCAGAACAUCACUCUUUGAGGGAUGGCUAUACUUUGGGUAUCAGUUACAAUGGGAAUUCGCAAUUUUGUGUGCGUGUUACCAAUUUUAUGGAGCACUUAGAAGAUUCUGGAAACCAGGGAGAGUCUAAUCCUAAGAAAAGGUGCCGGUUGAGCAAAAGGGAAGAUGAUGAUGAUGUAAUUUGGGAGGACACACCUCCAUCUCGAACUCAUGUUGAAAGUAUGACAAAUGAGGAAAAACCACCGUUGUCAGUUCCUGCUAGUCUCGACCCCAUGCAACUUAACAAAGAUAAGGGUAAAAAGUCUGUGGUUUCUGAUGAAACCAGCUCACCAUGUUUAGGAAAUGAAAGAACUCCAUCAGGUGAACGCCCACCCACUCUACCGGUUGUUAAAGAAGAAGAGAGUGAAGAGACGUCUGAUUCACCUGACGCCCCAAAACUUUUCCAUAAGUCAUCACGGAGAGCCGAAGGCAAUGAAAGAGUGGCUGAAGUAACAAAGUUAUUCAAGUCUCAGACUCAAUAUCCUUUCUUUGCAGUUUAUAUGCGAGCUUCCUAUUUAACUAACGCAUAUCUGCAUAUUCCUAAAAGCUUUUCCAGGAAACAUCUACCAAAGACCAUAAAGAAUGUCAUGGUUCGAAGUUCAGACAAUAAAGUGUGGACGCUUGGAUACUGUGUCAGAGGUUAUGCAACGCAGUUCUCUAACGGUUGGACUUCUCUUAGACGACAUUUAGGUCUGACAGCUGGAGAUGUUAUUGUUUUUGAGCUGCUCACGGGAAAAGAUAAAGAAAUCAGAGUUUCUGUUAUCAGGGAGAUCGACAAUGUGCUCACCAAGAUAUGAUUAGGGUACAAAGAGGCAACAUGCUUACGUUUAUUUUAGAAUCCUAUUAUUGGGGCUUUAAAAAGGAGGGAAAUUUGGGGGCUUAUGGGGUCAUGAAAUAACAAUGCAUAGAGCCCCUUAUCCUGGUAUUUUAUGUAAUACCUAUUCUACCCAUAAUAUGAUUAGUACUAAUUAUAUUGAUUAAGCUUACUAAUAAGUAUUAGUGAAUGGAUUAGACUAAUCAAAUGAUUAAUCUUUUGGAAAUCAAAACUUGAUUUUCGUUGA